GUGUUGGUGUGAGAAAUUAAAAUGGGUAGAGGAAGGGUUGAGCUGAAGAGGAUUGAGAACAAAAUAAAUCGGCAAGUUACCUUCUCGAAAAGAAAGACAGGUUUGUUGAAGAAAGCCAAAGAGCUCUCAGUGCUGUGUGAUGCUGAGGUCGCCCUUGUCAUUUUCUCACCUCGUGGCAAGCUCUUCACCUUUCCAGACGAUGCUCAAAGUAUUAUAAAAACCUAUGAUCGAUACCGGAAGUACUCUAAUCAAGAUGGCAAUGUUGAACUUGAAAAUCAGGGCUGGUACCAAGAAAUGUCAAAACUAAAUGAAAAGUAUGAAGCUGUUCAAAAGACACAAAGGCGUUUGCAUGGGGAAGAUCUUGGACCACUGAGCAUAAAAGAGUUGCAAAUUCUUGAGGAGCAACUUGAAAAAGCUUUAUCACAAGCUAGGCAGAGGAAGACACAACUGAUUAUUGAACAUGUGGAAGAGCUUCGCCAAAAGGAACGUCAUCUUGAAGACCUUAGACUCAAGGUUUUGCACUAUGACAUCGACAACCAACAAUUCCAGCAUAACAUGAAUCAUAUUAGUGCAAAUCUUGAGCCUUAUGGAUUUAAUCUCAAAGCAAGUCUGUGGGGCUCUACUUCCACUAGUGCUGCUGGAGAUGGGAGCUUUCCCUUGCUGCCUUCCCAAACCUACCCUGAGCCUUUCUUGCAAAUAGGGUAUUCUGUUCAAGGUGAGCCAUCCAUUGUCCCAAAGACCAUGGCCAGUGAGACUAAUUUUCAAGGAUGGUUCCUCUGA